AGGAAACAGACAGAGCAGAGAGGAUGAGACAUUUAUUAACACAAUAAGCUAGACCUGGUUUUAAAAUUUGCAGGUAUUCUUUAAUAACUGAAUUAAUUUGAAGGCUAAAAACAGGAAAGCUGUUUGAAUUCAGUAGUUAUUAUCAGAAUUACAGAAAACUUGUGUUGUUAUUCUCUCAAACUAUUUAAAAGCAGUGGUGAGAUCUUUUUUCUUUUAUUUUAAGGAGGUCAUAAAAGACCCUGGAAGGAUUUAAACCAAUUCUUCUACUAAUCAGAUCAAUAAUUAGAACCAAAUAAAGCCGGUAAAGUGAAAUUAUUUUAAAGCAGAAAACCAGAAAAAUAAAGAGGAAAUUGUACAUUUCAAACAUCAGGUGUGACUGACCUCAGGGACAGAAGCACAUAAGAGGAGGAUCCAGGGAUCGAUAGUCGGUAGAGGAGUGAGUGAUCAAUCGAUUGGAGGAUGAUGUGGAUGUGGCGUAGCGUCCUGUGUGUGUCUCUGGUCUGUGGUCUGGCUCUGGACUCCAACACCAUCAGAUCCUCCAAAGAGACGACGCAGCAGAGCUCCGAGCUGCCGGACCGUUCCUACGGCAACCCGGUGGACCGUCCAGUACGGCGCCGGACGGAGACAACGUUCAACUCUAAUCGAGGACAAACGCCUCCAUGUUCUACACCUGACUGCUCCGUACCCCAGAGGGGAGGCUGCAGUAACAGAGCUCAGAGGAGGCCGUCCUUGCAGGACAGACAGGUAGACAGGCAGCGAGACAGAGAGACAGACAGCUACAUAAACAUUGACGGCUUCAACAGGACGAAAGCUCCAGAAAUGUCGAGCUGUGUGCGGUCCGGUGACUGUGCGUCCGGGCUGUGCUGUGUCCGGUAUCUGACCGGCAAACGAUGUCAGAGGAUCCCGGUGGAGGGCGAGGCCUGUCUGCUGAGAGGGUCCAGCAAACUGAGGAGGAAGCUGGGGCGCUGCGACUGUGACACGGGGCUGUCCUGCAUCGCAGUCAGCCAGGCGGAGUCAGGGAAAGCAAAAGGCCAGGGGGUGUGUCAGCCCCGCCAGAGACAGGGCCAGAGGAACACAAGGCACUCUGGGAAGAAGAGGAGGACGGCAGAGAGAAGCUGCUGACAGAUUAUUUAUAAACUCUGUAUCUUUUGUACACAUUUAAUAUAAACGUUAGUUCAAUUUGUUGGUGAAACGUGUGUUUUCUCCACAGAAGACAGCACAGCAGUAGUACCCAAGCUGAAGGGCAGUAAAAAAGUUACAAUAUUUUAUCAAUAAAAGUCACUAUAGUAACCUAUAUUAAACGAGGUAAUGACAACUGUGCCGGUUGAAUGUGUUAAAACUUGAGUAAAACGUUCACAUGUACUUUGCCAGUAUCACAUUUGAACAGACAUUAAAUGAAAAGUUUGAAAAUUUGAGAAAUAGUGUUCUUUUACUGGCUUUAAAGGAAGAUAAGCCUUAUCUUCCUUUCACUAGAAGCGGGGGACAGCUAUCCUAAGGCAAGUACGCCAAAAGCAGGGGGUCCAUGGGGUCAUUGUAGCUAUUUGUAGCCUACUCCUGAGUGAAGGGAGCCGACGGGUUGAGGUUUCAUGAAUGCAUUUAGGAAACAGAGUUAUUUGUUCGCUUGUUUUUUUCCAAAAUAAAAAUGUCAUCAGAAAG